UCUCUGGUGUGUGUGGGGGUUAUAUCUGGAACCCUUUCGCGGUGGGGGGAGGGCUAGGGUGAGCCUGGAAGGUUCCCAGCUACUGGUCUGCUAGGGAGGAAGGAGUUAAGUGGUGCCUCUGUCACCUGAGCUGGGAGUCAAAUUACCUGGUUCCAGGUUCCCCUUGGAAGGAGGUGGAGCCAGCAGGCCCUUGGGCCCCUGGCUGCCUCAGGCCUGGGUGAGUCCUGCUGACGUCUGGGGGGUUACCCCUGGCUAGGAAAAGGGCUUUUACUGGGGAUUUUCAUUGACUAUCUGUCCCCAGGCCCCAGCUAUGGCCCUCCUACCACCUCUGGACCCUAGACCCCCUUCAGAGCCCCUCAACCACCCCCCUGGAGCCCCUAGGGAACUGAAUCUCGUUGGAUGCGCCAUCUGCCCGGCAUCUGGAGAGGAGAGAAUCAGGCAGGAACAGGCCCAGAAACAGGGGCAGGAUUCCUUGGACCCUCUUGAGCACUUCCAGGGUGGGCUGAGGGGCAAUGAGCCUGCUACUGGCCCUCCCAGACUGCCAGCACCCUCUGCCAGUGAGGACCCAGCUGGGGGCAAACACCAUGAGUGCCCCAUCUCUGCCCGCGACAUAUUGGAGGUUGACCAGGGGGACCUGCACCUUUGCCUGUUGGGGCUGGGUCUCCAGCUGCAGGACCUGGAGCGAGGCCUGGGGCCCUGGGCAUCAGCCCAGAGCGGAAUGGUCCAGCUGCAGGCCCUACAGGCAGACCUGCGUGGGGCAGCUGAGCGUGUGGAUGCGCUGCUGGUGUUUGGUGAGGGGCUGGCACAGCAGAGUGAGCCCCAGACCCGGGCCUCCCUGGAGCAGAUCCUGAGGGUCCUCGGAGCCCACCGAGACAGCAUCUUCCGGCGGCUCUGGCGGCUGCAGGCCCAGCUGGUCAGCUACAGCCUGGUGUUCCAGGAGGCCAACAUAUUGGACCAGGAUUUGGAGGUCGAGGGGGACUCGGACGGGCCAGGACCUGGUGGAGUCUGGGGGCCCCGGGCACCCAGUAGCCUCCCUACUCCUGCAGAGUUGGAGUGGGACCCGGCAGGGGACGUUGGGGGCCUUGGGCCCUUGGGGCGAAAGACACCCUUGACACCAGGGGCUCCCUGUGAGCUGUGUGGCCACAGGGGCUCUCAGGGCAGGGGACAAGGCCUUGAGAAUGUCUCUCUUCUCUUGGUUUCUUUGGCUCUGCCCCUCUCUUCGUCUCUCCUCAAGAUCUCUCUCUUCCGCCAGAAUCUCAUCUCUGUGACACUCCCCAUCCUGGCCCCUCCUCAACUUUGUGUCCCUUUGUCAUUGGUUCUCCAAGGAUCCCACACUGCUCUGUCCCCACAGGACAUGCUCCUGUCAGGCCUUAGCCACCGGAAACACUUAGCAGGGCACCGAAGACGCUCCUUGCUCCGGAAGUCUCAGGACAAGAAGAGGCAAGCAUCUCCCCACCUACAGGAUGUGAUGCUGGAGGUAGACCCUGGAGCCCCUGCUCCUGCCUCCAGGUGGCCCCUGACCUUCCUCCUUCUCCUCUUCCUCUUCCUUCUCCUGGUGGGUGCCACAGUGCUCCUGCCCCUGUCAGGGGACCCCUGCUCCUCUCCCGCCCGACUGGCCAGGACACCUUACGUGGUGCUCAGCUAUGUCAAUGGUCCCCCCCCAGUCUGAGGACACAGCCCAGGCAUAUGUAAUAAAUGGUCACUUUCAAAGGA